UACACGGAGGUAUCAGAAACGUCACCACUCUCCACAUAGCCACAUUUGAGGUCUUGGCGAACACGUAAAGAAGUUAUUAGAAAAUAAUACAUUUUCAGAAAUGUAGCUGUGAGAGACUAUUGGAAACAGUGUUUACAUUAUUCACAAUUUAAUUGGGGGAUUUAUGUUAAAACAAAUGGAUUGCGGCUGGCAUUAUUCACUUUGUUAAUGGAGUUCAUAUGAGCAUUAGGCGAGGGAUGAUGAAAGUCUCCUUUUCUGUGGGAAGACACAGCACUGCUGUCCAGGCUUGUUGUGCCCCGGAGCAGAACCCUUAAAGGCACGGAACGGUGCUGGAUUAUUCUGGUGUGGGGGGCGGGGUGGAGCGAAGGGAUAGGACCCGUGAGACUGGCAGCGAGACGGCGUGGGUAGAGGCGGGCCCGCCAUGUUUGCCAAACUGAAGAAGAAGAUCGCGGAAGAGGCCGCCACCGCUCCUCGGACCGGCGGCCGGAUCCCGCGCUCCGUCAGCAAGGAGUCCAUCACCUCGGUGGGAGCCGACUCUGGCGACGACUUUGCGUCGGACGGCAGCAGCUCCAGGGAUGACCUGUCGUCCCAGCUGCUCCGGAGGAACGGUCAGAUCCGCAAGCUGGAGGCCAGGCUCUCCGACUACGCUGAGCAGCUCCGAAUUUUGCAGAAGACCAAGGACAAGCUCGAAAUUGCGUUAGAAAAGCACCAGGAUUCAUCCAUGAGGAAACUGCAAGAUCAGAAUGAGCUGUACCAGGCCAACAGAGCCAAAAUGGCUGAAGGCAUGGCCUUGGCUCUUGAAAAGAAGGACCAGGAAUGGCUUGAAAAGAUGUCAGCGCUGGAGCAGGAGAAAUCAGUGUUGUCGGCCCGGCUGGAUGAGAUGACGGAGCAGAGCCUCAGCCUGUUCCAGAAGAGAGACGACCUGGACGAGCUGGAGGGAUUCCAGCAGCAGGAGCUGGCUAAGGUCAAACACAUGCUAAUAAGGAGGGAGGAGCAGCUGGCUCAGCGGGAGCGGGAGCUGCAGCAGCAGGCCGGGGAGCUCCAGGUAGCCCGCCAAAGACUGACUGAAGCCCAGGACAAGCUGGAGCAGCUGGAGGAAGAAAGGCAGGAAAGCUCCAGGCUCUAUACAGAGCUGCAGGCCGAGAGGCAGGAGCUCCUUGGCAUCAGAGAGGAAGCGGAGAAAAAGAUAACAGAGCUGGAGGGCAGAGGUCAGGAGCUCCAGAAUGUCAUCCUACAGGUGUCUGAAGACUUCCAGAAGUCCCAGGGUACGGCAGUGGGGCUGGAGAAGUCUCUCCACUCCCUGGAGGCCGAACACGAGGCUCUGAGACUGCAGCACGAACAGCACAAACAGAAGGUGCUAAUGGCCGAGGAGGAGAAGGACCGCCAGGUCUCCAAUCUGCAGGAGAAGGUGUCCUCCCUGGAGCGGCGUCUCCAGGGCAACCUGACGGAGGACGAGCACCUGGAGGAGCUGCUGAAAGAGAAGUGUGCCCUGGAGCAGAAGGUGGAGGAGACGCGGACGGAGCUGCUGGAGACGCGCACCAGCCAGGCGGAGGCGGUUAGCGCUUUAGAGGCGCAGAUAUCCCGGCUCAACGGGAAGGUGGCCGAGCUGCAGACGCUGCUGAGGCAGAAGGAGGAGAGCUGGAGCUCCUACAGGGAGAGGACGGAGGCGCAGAUCAGCGCUCUGGAGCAGCAAGUGCAGGAGAGCAGCGACAGGCUGAGCAGCAGCGAACGACAAGUAGCUGAAAGAGACGAGCAACUACAGAAACUGCAGGCGGAGGGGAGCAUAGAGAGGGAGCGUCUGCAGCAGCAGGGCCUGGAGCGGGCGGGGCGCCUGGAGACGCAGGUCACCGCCCUGGAGACGGCGCGGGACCUCGACCGGGUCGCCGCCCAGCACCGCAUUGUGAGUACGACUGGACGGAGCCGCCUGGCGAGUCCAGGUGAGGUGAGGCGCCUGAAGAGACAGAGGAGCUGGAGCAGGCAGGGGUUCCCUGGACCCUCUAGCUCCUGGCACUGCUUCCCUGUUAUCCCCCCUCAGCCCCGCCCUGCUGCUCCUCCUCAGGGGUUGUGUUGCUCCCUCUCUCCUCUCCCUCAGGCGGAGCUGGCCAGCAGGCAGACCGUGAGCGUGGAGAUCGCCAAGGCCCUGGAGGAGACCAGAAGACAGAGGGAGGAGCUUCAGCAGCAGGUCGGGGAGAUGACAUCCACACUAAAGGCCAAGGAGGAGGAGCUGGCCAAGGUCACCGAGCGACUGGGGCAGAGGGAGGCGGAGCUCGGCGCACUUCAGGAAGAGCUGCGGACUGCGCAGACGGGGCUGUCUGCGCUGCAGGCGGAGGCGGAGGGUCUGCGCAGACAGGCGGUGGAGCGGGAGGAGGAGAAGGACUCCCAGAUGGCCCUGCUGAGGCAGGAGAUCCUGACUCAGACACAGCAGCUGGACGCCUGCCAGUCCCGGGUUUCGGACUUGGAGGUUGAGGUGGAGAUGUUGACGGGGCAGCUCCAUGCCCCGGAGGAUUGUGGGAAGGAGCAGAACGGGUCUGUCACGGUGGAUGACUUGGCUCACAUGCAGAAAAUGAACAAAGAGUUGGAACAGCAGCUGAGCGAGAAGAAUAAGACGAUAAAGCAGCUACAGCAGAGGCUGGCCGAGCUGAAGAGGACCCUGCAGAAGGAGCUGAAGUUGAAGCCAGACCAGGAGUCUGAGGGGAGGGAGAGGCUGGCGGAGGGGAGGGUGGAAAAACCGGAGGGGCCAGAAAAGCCGUUCCCUGAGGCCCCGCCCCCGGCCGUCUCCAGCGCCACCGUCACCAACAACUCUGACCUCAACGACUCCCGCGAGAUCAACUUCGAGUACCUCAAGCACGUGGUGCUCAAGUUCAUGUCCUCCAGGGAGGCUGAGGCGUAUCAGCUGAUAAGAGCUGUGUCUGUGCUGCUAAACUUCACGCGUGAGGAAGAGGACAUGCUGAAGGAGACUCUGGAAUACAAGAUGUCUUGGUUUGGAUCGAAGCCCUCGCCGAAAGGCAUCGUUCGGCCGUCUAUUUCAGGAGCCCCUGCCCACUGGAGCUGAGCUAUGGGAGGAAAGGGCCUCGGCCCCUGACCUCAACCCAUAUCUCUCCCUGUCACUGUGGCAACCAGGCCUCUUUUUAUAUCUGAGACGCUUUUUAAUAAGGAUGCUGUUGAGAGCUUUUAAACACUUCCUCCCGGAUUCCUGUGUAGCUUCAUACGUCUCCUCUCGGAGAUCAAUGAUACUCUUUUUCUUCUUGCUCUUUUAUUUUUCUUCUUUCUUCUUUAAGAGAAGAAAGGACAGUGGCUGGGGACGGAAAAGGCUCCUUUAAGCCGAUUAAAAGGCAAGACAAAUCGCUAAUCAGAUUUUAUUACCGGCUAUUUAUUUUUAUUUUGUCAGUGAUUUCCACUGACCGGGGACUCAAAGGCUUAUCAGAGAAGACCUACAUGAUCUUUGUCUGUGUAAGAGCAUCCCUGUUUAAAUGGAGAUUUGGGAGAGACCCCAGCCUUGCUCUGGGAUGAAUCGGUCACGGGGGAAGGAUGGCGAUGAAGUUUGUGGCUCUACUCUGGAUCGAGACUUACAAACAACUGCCGUAGCACCAACCUAAUGGAAAUAAAACCAGUAACCAUGUUGCACAGAUUUGGACACCAGAAGAUUGCUGCUGAUUUAAGUUUUUGAUGUCUGGUUUACAUGCAUGUCAGACAGGAAGUUGCAAGGGUGUCAGGAAUCUUCGACUUAUAGUAUGACUGCGGUUUGAUAGAUGGACGUGAAGGUUGCAGGUUUGAAUCCCAGGUUGGGUGCUCCUGUUUGCACUGCAGUAAAAUGCUUGAGUUAAAUACCCAACUUCGUAAGUGGGUAGUACAGUUACAGUAUAUCAGCUCUGUAGGUUUCCCUGGGUAUUAUGGUCACCUGCUAAGCAGAGUAAGAAACAGUGUGAUGUGUUGAAACCUGAUUGGUUAUCACAAGACUGGCCAAUGUUAGUUUAAAAUUGACAGAGGUGCUUUGGUUUAUUAAAGCUGCGUCUGUUCACAACUAUUCAUUAUCAAAUAAUUAUAUGACUAUUCUAUAUUAUUAGAGGUAUUGCUUUAUAUAUGAGGUCCUUAAGAACUAAGAUAAACACGCCCCAGACCAUCAGACACUCAAAUUGAGGAUAGUUUCUACUAGCUAUGAUUAGAACCUGCAUUGGCUUAAUUGGUACAAGGCCAUCAGGUUCUCGGUAUGCAUCCGUGCAGAUGGCUGUGUGGGAAAAGCCUUCCAAAUUCACAUCAGGCAGGACAUUUUUCCCAUGAUGCUAUAUUCUCCCUUCGUCUGCAGAAAGGGCAAAUUUUAGCGAGGGCAGGAGAUGGGAAAAGUAAAUUUCAGCGAGUUGCAUUCAGCCUUCAUUUGGCUUGCUGAUGAGGUCUGGGAGCUUCUGGGUUUCUUCUCUGAAACUUGAAUUUCAGAGAGGAAAGCACUUUGUUAAAGCUGAUAUAAGUACUGGAAAGUUGGCCAAGAUUACCCAGCAGCCUCCACUGUGUACCGUGCACACAGUUAGGGUGCUGGGCCUGGCCCGCCUUCCCACCCUUUAGGCCGGCUAAGUCUGGCGCAGUACCUAACGUUAACCCAAGGCCUCCUGCCCCCAACAUCACUCACCAUUGGAUUGCCUCCAUUCACAGAUUUUGACUGAUUAACAUCUAGAAGCCAAUUAGAACACUGCAGCUUUGGUUUCCUAGACUUUAUGUACCACAUUAGACUUUUUUUUUUUGCUUUGACUAAGGACCUUGUUGGUAAACUGAUAAUUAUUGUAUUAUGAGACGUUUUCCAUUCCCCUCCUUCAGAGAAAGGACAAGAACAUUUUGAGAGUAUGAAAAUGAACGCACUUCAGAGAUGUGACCGCGACGACCCUGCUCGAACCGCUCCCUCUCCGGCGUGGCAGACCCUGACUAUGCCCUGAUGGCUUUUGGGGGGAUUUUUUUUACUUUUCUUUUGCAAGUUUCUAUUAAUCUGAAGAACCCGGUUCUCCCCGUCAAGAGAAUUUUCCACUUUUCUGUCGAGUGUGUGGACAUUUUCGAAAGCACCGACGGAGCGGGAGGGACUAAUGCAGCUAAUGGCUUUGGGUUUCCUAGGCCAGGGGCUAUGCGGGGAGAUGGGACAGCUCUUUAACUGUAAAGCUGGAGGUGCAUCUGAGCAAGCAAAUGUCAAAACUAAAAUUCUGGGAAGCCUACCUUUACAUGCCUUGUGUUUGUGUAAAAUACAUUCCAUAAGAUUAUUUCUAUAUCAAUAACUGUACAUAACACUGAGAAAUUUAUAAAUCCCUGGAUGUACAUUACUUUGGUUGAAGCCCUUGCCAUAUUUUGUUCAUAUAUUUAAAAAUAUAUAUACCAUAUAUAUGUUUAGAAUAUAUAAAACAGUAUUUGAUCUUGAGCCUUCGCUGGAGAAUUCGCCUCACUGUCCACUUGUUUUAUCAGAAAGAACCCCACGUAUUAUUCAUCAUUGUAGAAAACAAGGAAAAAACGCUUGCCUUAUACCAGACGGCCAUGUUGGUUUUUAGUAAAUGAAGCGUUAUUGCGAGGCUGAAAUGAGCCAAUGAAAUGAGGUUUGCACAUCCAUCAGCCACAAGGUGCAAGACGUACAAACCAAAGGCACACUGUCACUGCUCUUGGACAUAAAAUGGCCUUGAAUUACAAUUUAGAACCUUUUGUCUUGCAUUAUGCCACCCCCUAUAACGGUCAAAUUAAAGUGGGCAUUGAUAUGUCCAUGGAAAGGGGGUAGAGGAUGAUUCCUAGAGACUGUAGUGUUUUUUUUUUUUUUUAAGACCCAGUCCACAGACCAGGUGAAGCUGUGGUGUUAUGUUGUGAUUACUGCCCAUAUGUUGUCUAUGCAUUACAUUGAUUCUCUCUCUCAUGUUUUUGGAGCCUGUCAAUGAGCAGAGUUAACGAUGAAAAGGGCAUCAUUUUUAAUUUUGCACAGGGGAAAUGCAACCCGAGAGCGCUGCUGCACUGCGCGGUCCCAUUCAGAGCGCGCGUGCCGUUAAUCUCGGGUAGUGGAAUGCAGGAAGCUUAUCUCCAUUUAGCGUCGCCGGUCGUGAUGUUUAUUUAUGAGUCGGCCUGCGUGAACGGAAUUCUCCGCUGCGAACCCAUCGAGCCAGCACAAGACAAACGCGUGUUGUGAGAGUCGAGCAGCUAAUGCGCUUUUUAAAUCGGUACAUUUACUGCCCCCGUUAGCGUCCGACAUGCUCAGGUUCUGAACCUGAAUGACCACUACAGUGCAAACGCCGUAUAAUUUAACAAAUCAUUGAUUAUUCGAUAUAACUGUUUUCCACAGCAUUUACUGUAUCACUACAAAACAAUGAUAUUCUCCUUUUUGUUCUCUCUUGUAUGUUGUACAAAAAAAACAUCAAACCUAUAUUUUCCUUUUCUUUUAAUGUUUGGGGACUAAUUUGUAGUUGUGCAUACCUGUAUAUUAUUUUUGGUUUGAUUAAAGUUUGACUUUUAA